AUGACGACCCUUGCAUUCGACGAGGAUGUGGACGAGGCAACGUCCCUGCUCGCCCGCAGUCGGAGUCGAAGCCGCUCGAGGACGGCCAAGAUUACCCCCCUCCCCAAGCUGCAGCUGGCGACUGUCUUCGCGAUCAAGGUCCUCAUCCCCAUCUGCGGCACUCAGGUCAUGCCUUAUAUCAACGAGAUGAUGGAAAAGUCUGGGUUGUCAAAGGGUGCUGGGGCGGGGUACUACAGUGGGCUCCUCACUAGCAGCUUUGGGAUCGCGCAGCUGCUGAGCAUGUACCCGUGGGCUCGGCUCUCUGAUCACAUCGGCCGUCUACCCGUCAUACUUAUCGGCACACUAGGCGUCGCACUCUCUUCCACCUUCUUCGGCUUGUCAAAGACCUUCCCCAUGAUGCUCGUCACUCGAUUCUUCUCUGGAAUAUUCUGUGGAACAACAGGCGCAAUCCAUUCCGUCGUCGGGGAACUCUCCGACGAGACGAACCAGUCGACCGCGUUCCCCCUCUACGACAUCUGUUCAGCGAUCGGGUUCGCCAUAGGUCCGCUGCUCGGGGGCACCUUCGCGAACCCCGCCGAGCAGUUCCCCGCAUGGUUCAACACGCCCUUCUUCGACGCAUACCCGUACAUCCUGCCAUGCUUCAUCACUUCAUUAACAGCCAUCGGCGCGUCGCUGCUCGCGAUCUUCGUCCUCGAAGAGACGCUCCCCGCGAAACGCCGGGUCCAGGCACACGAACGCGAGGCGGGGAGGGAGCGGGAGAGCCUGCUUCCCCCCAUCGAUAUAGAGCAGAUCACCCCGCCCACCGCCCGCGUCCUCCUCGCGCGCCCGCUCAUCCGCGCGAUCUGCCUCGCGUCGGGCCUGCUCGGCUUCAUCGCGGGCUCGUUCAACCACGUCUUCACGCUCAUGGCGUACACGCCCGUGCGCGAGGGCGGGCUCGCGCUCUCCGUCGCGCAGAUCGGGCGCGCGAUGUUCUUCAUGGGCGCGUCCUCCGUGUGCCUGAAGCUCUGCAUGCCGCUCCUCCUGCGGCGCUUCGACAGUCUGCGCGUGCUCCGCGCGGGCAUGCUCGUCUGGCCGCUCACGUUCGCCGCCAUGCCGCUGCUCAGCCUCGCCGCCGGGACGCCCGGGCAGUGGCUGGGUAUCGGGGUGGUGCUCGUGAUGAGCAGGGUGGGGACGAUGGUGUUCUCGAUCGUGAUGAUCCUGGUUAGAGAACACGCCCCGGGCCCUGCGUCCCUCGGGGCUACGAACGGCCUCACGGAGGUCGCGCAGGGCACCUUCGGGUCACUGGGGCCGACGAUUACCAGCUCGCUGUUUGCGCUGUCCGCGAGUAAACAUCUACUUGGCGGGCACCUCUGGGCGGUGUUCAUGGUCGUCGUCUCGGCGCUCGCGAACGGUGUCGCGGAGUGGAUUAAGAGACAUCGAGAUGUGUCCCGGUCGCACGUGGAUUAG